ACCAGCCCUGUCCCUCCCCACCCCAAGGUCCGUAAUCCCGCGCCAGGAGAGGCUCCCAGCCCUGCUGUGCGUUAGAAACGCCCAGGCGGUAGCUGACGAGAGUAACGAGAGGGUCCGAGUCCGCCCCUUUCACCAGGACAGGCCCCCAGUGACUGUAACGUGCGGCCUGAGCGAGACCCUGUGCUCUGGGACAGAGUUACUCGUACCUGAAGGUGCACCGGGGUCCGGGGCGGGGGCCUUGUUAAAACGCAGGCCGAUUCGCCAGGGCCGAGGGGGGCCUGGGAGUCUGCGUUUCUAACAGGUGCCCAGGGCUUGUCACCACUGCGUCUGCAGGCCAUUGGGUAGGGUUGUUUCUUGGAAGACAGGUGUCCCAUGGGCCACGUUAGCCAGGGAGCGCUUGAAAUGCUAAAGUAUACACUGGACUGCAAAGACGUCAUGUGAACAAAAAGUACAUAAAGUGUCCCUUCUUCUUUUCAUGGUGUGUUGGAACAACGCUUUGGAUAUACCAGCUAUAAUUCUGCCUGCCUUCAGCCCCUACACCAAGUACGCUGUCAUGAUCAACCAGGUCACACCCUACAACUACCCAGUGCCCGUCCGAGAUGAUGGGAACAUGCCCGACGUACCCAGCCACCCCCAGGACCCCCAAGGCCGAAACUUGGAAUGGCUGAAGAAACUGUGAACACCUCCACUGACAGGGAGGAGGCCCCUCCCCUGUGGCCCCCAAUAAAAAUGUGAAAACUGA